AUGGGCCUGGUCAGUAAUGCUGUAAGGCCCAAAAUACCAGAUCAUAAAGAUGCCUGUCGGUGCCCACGCUGGCAUCGGUUGGCUCUGAAACUUGGCUGUGCUGGGCUGAUCCUUCUUGUUUUGAGCCUGGCUGGAUUUGGUGUCUCAGUGGGAUUUCUAGUGCAAAUACUACCAAUAGAAAAAUGUGCAGCUGCUCAAGAGAACAUGACUGAAGCAACAGAGAGAUCAGUCAUACUAACAUGCCCGAGAGAUUGGCAUCCAUACUGGGAUAAAUGCCUAUUUAUUUCUCAAACUUCCGGACCAUGGGCUGAAUGUCUUGCUGACUGCUCUGUAAAAGAAGCCACGUUGCUGUUCAUUGAAUAUGAAGAAGAAUUGAGAUUCAUUCGGGAGUUCUCAGAAAAAAUAGGACAGACUUUCUAUAUUGGACUGAAUUAUGUACCAGAAAAGAAGAUCUGGAAGUGGAUAAAUGGCUCUAUUUUAAAUCCUCAUCUAUUACAAAUCACUCUCAAGGAUGAAGAAAAGAGCUGCGCCCUCAUCUCAAAGACUAAAGUGUUUUCUGACAUCUGUUCUACAGACAACCAUUUUGUCUGCCAAAAGAAGUUGAAACAUGUCUGA